GCUCAAACCUCCCGCGCUGCUGAUGUCUUGCGCUGCCGGCGAGCCGCCGCCGCUGUCCGCCGCGGCGACGACGCCGGACGGGUGGCACCCGCGCACGGCGGAGAGACGCCUACUCCACCUCCUGCACCACUCCCCUCCCGCGCGGCGGCGCCCGCUCGAGCUUCUCGCCUUCGCCGUCCGCCACUGCCUCCCGUCGUCCCCUCCCUCCCCGCACCACCUCUUCCUCGCCGCGCUCCUUCUCCUCUCCUCCCCGCCGCCGCCGGCUCAGUCGCUUCUGCGCCUCAUCCCGCCUCACGCCCCGCCCCCGCUGCCUCUCCUCAACGCCGCCAUCAAGUCACUCUCCGCGUCCUCGCCGCCGCUCGCGUUCGGGCUGCUCUCCUCCCUCCGCCGCCUCCACGCACCCGAUCGCCUCUCGUUCCUGCCCCUCCUAGGUUCCAUAUCGUCUCUUUCGCUCGUCUCCGCGGUCCACGCGCUCCUCCUCCGCCUCGGCUUCCUUUCCCAUCACGCCAUCUCUCUCGCGCUCCUCAAGCCGUAUCCUCUACCAUACGCUCGCGUCCUGUUUGACGAAACUCCCCAGAAGAACAAAUGCACCGUCUCCUACAACAUACUCAUCACGGCCUGUUUCCGAGCCAGCGAUCUUCGCGCCGCACACCACCUGUUUGACGAAAUGCAGCGGUAUAAGCGCUCCAGGAGGAGCGUGGUUUCUUGGAAUGCUAUGAUCGUGGGGUGUGCGUGGUGCAAGCAGGACGACAUUGCAGUCUUGUGCUUUGAGCAGAUGGUCAGGGAGGGUGAGGUGGCACCAGACGAUGGAACCCUUGCUGCUGUGUUGCCGGUUUGUGGGAGGUUGGGGAACAUCAGGGUGGGAAGAUGGGCACAUGAGCAUGCACGUAAGAGUGGGUUGUUAGACAGGAAUGUACAUGUUGCAAAUGCAGUGAUGGAUAUGUAUUGCAAGUGUGGUGAUGUUCAUAGUGCAAGGGAGGUAUUCAAGGGAAUGCGUCAGCGGAGCGUGGUGAGCUGGAACACCUUGAUCUCAGGAUUUUCAUUGAAUGGUCAUGGGAUUGAGGGCAUCGAGCUUUACCAGGAGAUGAGGACACACGGAGAGAAGCCCAAUGGAGUGACAUUUCUGGGGGUGCUUGCGUGCUGUGCGCAUGCUGGGGCUGCGGAUGUUGGAAGGGACAUCUUCCAGAGCAUGCUACUGGACCAUGGUAUUGAACCAGCAGUUGAGCAUUAUGGUUGUGUGGUAGAUUUACUUGGAAGGUCUGGCCUUCUUGAGGAGGCUUAUGCUCUGAUUCAAGGCAUGCCGAUGAAGCCUAACGCUGCGAUAUGGGGUGCACUUCUAAGCGCAUGCCAUGCUCAUUCCGGGAUCAGUAUUGCUGAAGUGGCAUUGAAAGAACUUAUUAACCUUGAACCGUGGAACUCAGGAAACUAUGUGUUGUUGGGCAAUCUUUAUGCAGAAACAGGACGAUGGGAAGAAGCAGGCAAUGUGAGGAGACUGAUGAGGAAGAUGAGUGUGCAAAAGGCUCCAGGGCAGAGCUUAAUUGAAGAAGCUGAGUUUCAGUUCACAAAUGCAUGACAUUAUCCUCAGUAAACUACGUGGAAGUAUACCAACCAAGAGGACCAAAAGGAGGAAGUCUACAAAACCUGGCUUUUUAAGGUCCCCACAAACAUGUAGGGAGAAGGCACUGGCAUUUCUUGUUUUAUCUACUGCCCAUGAGGUCCAUCAAGUUGCUACUUCUUUACUCUUAAGAACUCUAUGGCCCCCGUGUUGCCACAGACUGGAGGGCCACAUUGGCUACCCCGUCUGGGGAUCGACGCACCGGUUGCGCGGUGUAGGCCGGCGGGCGGCGGUGACACCGGAGGAGGUGCAACAGCAGUUGACCCUGUUGCUAAAUGCCAGUGGUCCUGGGGAGCAAGCAUAAUCCCCAAGCAAAAUGGUCUUUCAACAGUGGCCAUAGUGAAUCCAACAGGAGAUAUGAUGCUGUAUCCUAAACCGGUGCAUAUUUCGUCCACUUUGAUUCUUAAUUUCUCGCAAGUAUCAUAAGGUUGAUUAAAAUAGGAACAAUCAUGCAAUGUAGCUUAUAAUUUUGAUGUGCUUCGAAAAGAGAGGAAUGAAAUGUUAAGUGAUGUGCGCUCCAAUAAUAAAGUACUACGGGCAUAUUGUAUUCAUGGUUAUUUCAGUGUCUUGGCGACCUUAUUGAAUAUUUGGAUCUAGGCACACGAGGCUCUUGCUAUUGGAGUGCUGUGAUGUGCGAAACAGCUGCAUGUCUGUGCGACUCUGGAAAAUAAAGGAUCAGGAAGAAAGGCUGGUGGUAAGUACUACUGCUGACCAAGGAUAUAUGGAGAUGCCGGCAUCAUUGUGAAGGGAAUGAAAAUGAACCAAUUUUCCCAGUCAAAGCCUCAAACCUCAAAAGUCCACACGGUUCGUGGAAGUCCACGUAACCGCACAAGGAGAGUUAUGCUACUCCCCAUCCUAAUCUUAUCAUUUUAUAAGAAAAAAGAAUUCUCAAAUUAAUAAUCACGGAAGGGAAGAUAGCCCAAAUGAGAACCAUUCGAUUUAUAUACACAUUAAAUAUUUUCAUGCAUCUAUCCAAUAUUCCA